AUGAAGCCAGGAGAACGAAUGCGAAUGAGUGCAUUCAAAAAAGACGAGGAACCGGCGGAGGAUGAUAAUGACGGUGGACAAAUGAGUACUGUUCGACGUGGCCAGUGCUUUAGAGCAACUUUUCUUCAAGAAACAUUAAAUAAUAAUUUGGACAUCAGAGAAACUGACGAUUAUCGACGAAAUGCGUUCCACUAUGCGGUGUCAAAGCCGGAUACUUUGAAAAAGUUGUUGGAAAACGUUAAGGAAAAAUCCUCAGUGGAUGAGGCUUUUCAUCAGGCAGAUAACAUACAAGGAGAAACUCCGAUACACCGUGCAGCCGUCAUUGCAAAUAUUGAGUCAUUAAAAAUACUUUAUGAAUAUGACAACUCGUUAAUGAAGUUAGAAACGAAAAUAGCAAAGAGAUCUGUUCUUCAUUUGGCUGUGAAAAGUAAAUCAAUGAUCGCUGUUAAGUUUGUCCUCAGUAAAGACACUGACUCUGUGAACAGAGUGGAUAAUAUGUUGCAAACGCCUGUCCACUAUGCUGCUGGUAUUAGACAAUCCAAUAUUUUGGAAUUCUUAAUAUCCAAAGACGGCGACACGACACUUACAGACGCAAAUAAUCAAAUGGCACUUCAUAUAGCUGCAAGUAAAGGAUUAAAAAAGAAUGUCGCACUGCUUUUACAAGAGAAUCCAGAUUCUAUAAACAUCGCAGAUAAUAGUUCCCGAACAUCAUUAUUAUUAGCAGCACAAAACAAUUUCCCCAACCUAGUCUCAUAUCUACUUUCCUUGAAUGCUGAUUACGAGAUUCCGGAUAAAUUUGGACUUUCCGCUUUUGACUGGGCUAUUUCGAGCAACUCGUCUGAAGUUGUUCACGUUUUCCUGAAAGCUGAGGUCUGGAAAAAGAUAGUGAGUAAUUCACACCAUGGACCUGAAAGAAGUUUGGCAAGAAUGAUUAAAAAUAUGCCUGAAAUGGCGAUGGUGUUAUUAGAUAACUGUGUAUCUACUGAAGGAAGCAAAGAGAAUGAUGAUUUUAAAGUUAUUUAUGAUUUCUUUUGCUUAGAACAAACAGGUAUGCAUGUAAAUAUUAGCUAUAAAAACAAGCCCCGUUAA